GUUUGGCUCAGUCGAAUCGCGGACUUCGGUGGUUACAAGUUUCGACUUUUCAUAAGAUUGUCGCCUAAUUUCAAGCUUGAAAGAUCAAUAUUCUCUUUUUGUUAUAAAACACACUGAAGUCAAUAGUACGGUGCAAAUACGUUGCCAAAAAAUAAAGCGAUUUUAAAACGUAAAAUGAAAAGCUUACUUAAUCUAUGUAUUCUAAUCGCCGCAAUUUCAUUGUGCAACGCUACUCCCGAUUUUAAAAAUUGUCGAAAUUCCAAAGCAAAUCAAUUGCAACCCGGAGAUGUGACUAUCUCAGCCUGCAGUAAAACCAAAUGCAUACUCAAACGGAAUACUAAUGCCAGCAUUUCAAUGAAAUUCACACCGAAUCGCGACUUUGAAGAUGUAAAUACCGAUGCUCAAGGCAUACUGCUUGAUGUGCCACUACCUUUCCCGGGUUAUUAUGGCACAAGUGCUUGUCCAUUCAUUUAUGAUGCAGAAGGAGAAAACAAAGUAGGUUGUCCGCUGAAAGCCGGAGAAACAUAUGUCUACAAAAAUAGUUUCAAAAUUUUGCCCGUAUAUCCGACCGUCAGUCUGACAGUACAUUGGGGACUUAAUGACAAAAAUGGAGACGCUGCUUGUUUCGAGAUACCUGUUAAAAUAAGAGCUUAAAAUUGUUAAUUUCUAAGUAGAUUAAGUUUAAGAUCAACAAUAUUUUUCUUUUUCGUUUAAACUCUGCGCUUUGAUAAACCUAUAAAAGGUAGUUAAAAUGAAUAGAGAGUAUAGUGGGGGUUUCAAAAUUUUGUAUACCUGAAGUCAAAAAAUGGCACACAAAUGCAUAUAUAAAAAACUAUGUGUGCUGGCACCGUAGACGUAAACACUCAAUUUGUUAUUACUUUUUAUAAUAUUUUUUUUAAUUUGUAUAAUAAAACAAAUAAUAAAA